UAAACUGAAAUAUCUCUCGUUCUACAACAAACCACCCUGUCCCUGUCUUACCUGCACCAGCUGCUAACCCAUCUUCAUUGAUUUUUGCGCUAGACUAUAUUGCAUAAUAUCCAAACAGACAUGUGGCAAUUAGACUUGGAUUUGGCACAGACUUAUUCAUCCACCAGUAUAAAACUGAUGCGAAGCGAUUCUCGGCACUGUUCUGGCCUACAGAGGGGUUCGCUGUUACCAAGUGCUUAGUGCUGCAACUGAAACGCGGGAAGAAGAGAUGGCACCAGUCAAGAAGGGUAUCCUUGAACGUCUGAAUGCUGGGGAGGUGGUGAUUGGCGAUGGAGGGUUUGUCUUUGCCCUGGAGAAGAGGGGAUAUGUGAAGGCUGGGCCUUGGACUCCUGAGGCAGCUGUCACUCACCCUGAGGCCGUGCGGCAGCUGCACAGGGAGUUCCUGAGAGCAGGAUCUAAUGUCAUGCAGACAUUCACAUUCUACGCUAGUGAUGACAAACUGGAGAACAGGGGUCAGAACCUAAGAUUGACUGGGGUACAAAUCAACGAGGCAGCCUGUGACCUGGCAAGGGAAGUAGCCAAUGAAGGAGAUGCACUGGUAGCUGGUGGAGUGUCUCAAACUCCAUCCUACCUGAGCUGCAAGAGCGAGACAGAAGUGAAGGGCAUCUUCAAGAAACAGCUGGAAGUGUUCAUAAAGAAGAAUGUGGAUUUCAUGAUUGCUGAGUACUUUGAGCAUGUUGAGGAGGCAGAGUGGGCCGUGCAGGUGCUGAAGGCCAGCGGAAAGCCUGUGGCUGCUUGUAUGUGCAUCGGACCAGAGGGAGACAUGCACGGCAUCUCACCUGGAGAGUGCGCUGUCAGGCUGGUGAAGGCCGGUGCCCAGAUUGUGGGAGUCAACUGCCACUUUGACCCUCUGACCUGCGUGCAGGCUGUCAAGAUGAUGAAGGAAGGAGUGGAGAAGGCCGGGCUGAAGGCUCACUACAUGGUGCAGCCACUGGCAUACCACACCCCCGACUGCAGCUGCCAGGGAUUCAUCGAUCUGCCAGAAUUCCCCUUCGGUCUGGAGCCCAGGAUUCUGACCCGCUGGGACAUGCACAAGUACGCCAGAGAGGCCUACAAGGUUGGCAUCCGCUUCAUUGGUGGCUGCUGUGGAUUUGAGCCUUACCACAUCAGGGCUGUGGCAGAGGAGCUGGCACCCGAGAGAGGAAUUGUGCCUCCUGGCUCAGAGAAACAUGGAAUGUGGGGUGCUGGUCUGGAGAUGCACACCAAACCAUGGGUCAGGGCCAGGGCUCGUCGUGACUACUGGGAGCAGCUCUUGCCUGCAUCCGGUCGUCCCCAGUGUCCGUCCAUGUCCACUCCAGAGGGCUGGGGUGUGACCAAGGGCCACGUUGACCUGCUGCAGCACAAAGAGGCCACCAGCAGCCAGGAAAUGAAGCACGUGCUGGAGAUGCAGAAGAAGGCCAAGUCAUCUGCAUGAGCAUGACAGAAUGAGAAAAUCUAAGCAACAGAAAGAAGGACAGUUCAGUUUGGAGAUAAAAAAAGCACUUGUAACAGCGAUGCUCCAGUUAUGGAGUAUUACUAUGUA